GUGCAGUCGCUAUUCCAUCUAUUGGCCAGAGGGCGCUGGGUUGCGGUAACAGCUUCGUUGCACCACCGUUUGGAGCUGCUGCGGAGUCUCUCCCAGUUGCUAGUUGGAGGGGGAGUGAGGCUUGUAGUUUUAUCUUAAAGUGACCUGUCUGGGAAAGGCGUUUUUUCCCCGCUUUAAACAUAACAAAACAUAGGGUAAAAGCAGCAUAAAAGUUUUUUUUUUCUUUCUAGGAAGCAAAUUUAAAGUUUUCAAGAUGCCGGUUUUCCAUACAAAGACGAUAGAGAGUAUCCUGGAGCCAGUGGCUCAGCAGAUAUCCCACUUGGUGAUAAUGCACGAAGAAGGGGAGGUGGACGGUAAAGCGAUCCCGGACCUAAGUGCACCCGUAGCUGCAGUGCAGGCGGCUGUCAGCAACCUCGUCCGGGUUGGGAAAGAGACUGUUCAAACAACAGAGGACCAGCUCAUGAAAAGAGACAUGCCACCAGCUUUUAUUAAGGUUGAGAAUGCCUGUACUAAGCUGGUCCAGGCUGCCCACAUGCUGAAAGCAGAUCCCUACUCUGUACCCGCUCGUGAUUACCUCAUUGACGGAUCCAGGGGAAUUCUCUCAGGGACUUCAGACUUGCUUUUGACUUUCGAUGAGGCUGAGGUGCGAAAAAUCAUUCGUGUCUGCAAAGGCAUUCUGGAAUACCUAACUGUGGCUGAAGUGGUGGAGGGCAUGGAAGAUUUAGUAACAUACACUAAAAACCUGGGACCAGGAAUGACAAAAAUGGCAAAGAUGAUUGACGAGCGCCAGCAGGAGCUCACCCAUCAGGAACACCGAGUGAUGCUGGUGAACUCCAUGAACACUGUGAAAGAGCUCCUGCCAGUGCUAAUCUCAGCUAUUAAAAUCUUUGUGACAACGAAAAGUUCCAAAAGCCAGGGGGUUGAGGAGGCUCUGAAGAACCGCAACUUCACUGUGGAGAAGAUGAGCACUGAAAUCAAUGAGAUCAUCCGCGUGCUGCAGCUCACCUCCUGGGAUGAAGAUGCCUGGGCUAACAAAAAGGACUCUGAAGCGAUGAAGAGAGCCAUGGCACUUAUUGACUCGAAGAUAAAUCAGGCGAAAGGUUGGCUGAGAGACCCCAAUGCACAGUCAGGUGAUGCUGGUGAACAAGCCAUCCGGCAGAUUCUAGAUGAGGCUGGUAAAGUUGGAGAGUUGUGCGCUGGCAAAGAAAGGAGAGACAUCCUGGGAACUGCUAAAACUCUGGGCCAGAUGACUGACCAAGUGUCUGAACUGCGUGCAAGAGGUCAGGGGGCCACCCCUAUGGCCAUGCAGAAGGCUCAGCAGGUCUCUCAGGGCCUGGAUUUGCUGUCAUCAAAGGUAGAAAAUGCUGCCCGAAAACUGGAGGCCAUGACCAAUUCCAAACAGGUCCUUACCAAGAACAUUGAUGCUGCACAGAACUGGCUUGCAGACCCCAAUGGGGGCCCAGAGGGAGAGGAACACAUCCGUGGAAUCAUGUCAGAAGCGAAGAAGAUUGCAGACCUGUGUGAGGACCCCAAGGAGAGGGAAGACAUCCUACGUUCCCUUGGGGAGAUCGCUGCUUUAACAGCCAAGCUCUCUGACUUGAGAAGGCAGGGAAAAGGUGACACUCCCGAGGCCAGGGCCUUAGCCAAGCAGAUUGCCACCACCCUGCAGAACCUGCAGUCCAAGACAAACCGAGCCGUGGCUAACAGCAGGCCUGUGAAGGCAGCCGUUAACCUGGAGGGCAAAAUUGAGCAGGCCCAGCGCUGGAUAGACAAUCCCACCACUGAUGACCGCGGUGUGGGCCAGGCUGCAAUGCGGGGGCUGGUGGCCGAGGGCCGUCGUCUUGCCAACGCUAUGCUGGGCCCUUACCGGCAGGAGCUCCUUGGCAAGUGUGAUCGAGUGGAGCAGUUAAGUGCACACCUGGCUGAGCUGGCAGCGCGUGGGGAGGGAGAGAGUCCACAGGCACGGGCUGUUGCAGCUCAGCUCCAGGAAUCCCUAAAAGACAUGAAGUCAAAGAUGCAGGAAGCAAUGACCCAGGAGGUUUCGGAUAUCUUCAGUGACACCACCACCCCAAUUAAACUGCUGGCUGUGGCUGCCACAGCGCCCCCCGGAGCUCCAAACAGGGAAGAGGUGUUUGAUGAGCGGGCCGCCUACUUUGAACAUCAUGCUGCCAAACUCGGAGGAACAGCAGAGAAGGCUGCAGCCGUUGGAACAGCUAAUAAGAGCACUGUGGAAGGGAUCCAGGCUGCUGUGAAAUCUUCCAGAGAGUUAACACCGCAGGUGGUGUCAGCUGCUCGUAUCUUACUGAGGAAUCCUGGUAACCAGGCUGCCCAUGAACAUUUUGAGACCAUGAAGAAUCAGUGGAUUGACAAUGUUGAAAAAAUGACGGGUUUGGUAGAUGAAGCCAUUGACACAAAGUCCCUAUUGGACGCAUCCGAAGAAGCAAUUAAAAAGGACAUUGAUAAGUGCCGGGUGGCCAUGGCCAACGUCCAGCCCCAGAUGCUUGUCGCUGGCGCCACUAGCAUUGCGCGCCGGGCCAAUAGGAUCCUGCUGGUAGCUAAGCGGGAGGUGGAAAACUCUGAAGAUCCCAAGUUCCGUGAAAUUGUAAAGGCCGCCUCUGACGAUCUGAGCAAAACCAUCUCCCCCAUGGUAAUGGAUGCCAAGGCUGUAGCUGGGAACAUCCAGGAUCCAGGUCUCCAGAAGAGUUUCCUGGACUCUGGAUAUAGGAUUCUGGGAGCGGUAGCCAAAGUACGAGAGGCCUUCCAACCACAAGAGCCAGACUUCCCUCCACCUCCUCCUGACCUUGAUCAGCUGCAUUUGAAUGAGGAGCCUGCACCUCCUAAACCCCCUCUCCCAGAGGGCGAAGUGCCUCCCCCCAGACCCCCACCUCCUGAGGAGAAGGAUGAGGAGUUCCCUGAGGAAAAGGCAGGCGAGAUGGUCAACCAGCAAAUGAUGGUGGCAGCCAGACAGCUGCAUGAGGAAGCUAGGAAGUGGUCCAGCAAGCCCGAUGUGACUGAUGAGGGUAAUGAAGCCGCUGAGGCGGAUGUAGAUAUAGAUGAUGAGGAUGAUGUUGAGUCCGCCCUCCCCUCAGACAAUGAAGAUGAUUACGAGCCUGAGCUGUUCUUAAUGCCCACUGAUCAGUCAGUUAACCAGCCCAUUAUGGCCGCUGCUAAGUCUUUGCACCAAGAAGCACGCAAGUGGUCCAGUAAGGGAAAUGACAUCAUUGGCGCAGCGAAGCGAAUGGCCCUGUUGAUGGCGGAAAUGUCCCGUCUGGUGCGUGGCGUCACUGGAAACAAGCGUGCCCUUAUUCAGUGUGCCAAGGACAUCGCCAAGGCAUCUGAUGAGGUCACUCGACUGGCCAAAGAAGUGGCAAAGCAGUGCACUGACAAGCGAAUCCGAACAAACCUUCUGCAGGUGUGUGAACGUAUUCCGACGAUUAGCACACAGCUCAAAAUCCUCUCCACUGUCAAAGCUACCAUGUUGGGCCGCACUAAUAUCAGCGAGGAAGAGUCUGAGCAGGCGACAGAAAUGCUCGUUCACAAUGCCCAGAAUCUGAUGCAAUCUGUCAAGGAGACAGUGAGAGAAGCUGAAGCUGCUUCCAUCAAGAUCCGGACCGAUGCUGGAUUCACCCUGCGCUGGGCCAGAAAGACUCCCUGGUACCAGUAAACUCCCUCUAUGGGAUAUUUGAAUUUGAAGCAAAAGAGAAUAUGAACACCAGAAAUGAUUUUUAUGUUUUGAGAUUUAGAAGAAUGUUUGCAGAAUGACAGGGUUUGUAUAAAAAUAAAAAGUAAAUGAAAACUAUGUAUUAAAUGUGUUAUGAGAAAUUCUGUUAAUUAGAGACAUUUUGUGUAUUUGUAUUCAGAUAUGCAAAUUUAAUGGAGAACGUCUUUCUUUUCUAAACCACACUAAGUGGCCUGCCUCAGAAUUUACUUAAUUAUUUUUCACCUGUGCCUGAAACAAAGUCUUUUAACAGGGUAGAAUAUAUCAUUAGAAGGAAAUCCAUCUAUAUUACAAGGUGCGUUUUCUAAAUAGUUGGGAAUAACAAUAUACUGUAAUUUGGAUUACCAUUUCCAUAUAUACUCAGCUGACCUAUACAAAUGUUAAUAGAAUAAACGUCUUCCUUUUAUAUAUCACAUACCACCACACCAGUUUAUAAGAAAAAAAUCCCCCAGAUUUGUAUGCUUUUGAGAUUUUUAUAAACAGGCUUUGUUUUACAUUGCUGUAUUCACUGCAAAGAACUGGGAUUUACGUCUAAAAGCAAUCAGUUUAUAAUAUAUAGUAUACCCUGAUACUGAUGUAAUACAGCCAUCAUUGUAGCAGAUUGUUACAUUAAGAUUAGCUAUACUGUUUAAUUAUUCUUAUUUAAAUAUGUAUUAUAAAAAAUAUAUAGUGUAGUGCUGCAAGAUAGAAGCUGACUUUCACCCACUGUCAGAAUGUGGGGAGAAAAGCAGGUCCGGCCUCUCAUGGGGUUGAUAUGGACUUGUAUUGUACUCCUAUACUAUACUAUACUAUAUAUAUAUAUAUAUAUAUAUAUAUAUAUAUAUAUAUUUAUUACUGCAAUUAGACCAUUUUAGCUGAUUGGAUCAUUUAAUUUUGUGAGGGAUUACAAAAAGAUAUUCCAUAACUGUGUGUGUGUAUAAGCUGUGUUCACAAAAUAUCCUACUUUUCUAAAACACUGUGCUUAAUGUGAUAUUUGUACUCCAAGGAUGGGUGGAGAUUGUUAAACAUUUGCUGUUAAAGCACUGAAUUGUAAUGUAGCUGAAUACUUUACAUUUGCCAUUUUAAUUAAUAUCUCAGCGUCAUUGAAAGUUAUGCCAAAGGUCCCCCCCCUCCUUUUUUCUGCAUUUACUGUAUAAUGCCGUCCCAAUAUUUGUACAACAGACAGUUGGAUAAAUUAAGCUUUUGCUGCUUUUAAAAAUGCAUUUAAUAUUGAAAUUAAAUAUUAGGACUUUUCUUUUUAGAAAAUGUGGUGCAAAAGUACAGUAAAUUUGGCCAAUAGUCACAUACAAAUACUUUAAAGUAUGAAAACACUUAACUGGGAAAUGCUAAUUUCAUAGCACAGACUCAGAUCAAGGUUUCUAAUUCAAUCACAAGCGUAUUGUACAUGUUAAACUGUUGAGAAUAAUGCAGGAUUGUUUAUGCAAAGUAGUUGUACAAGGUUUUAAUCAAAGCUGAACUUUGAACAAUAUUCAUUAGAAAUACCACAAUUAAUGAAAAACAGGAUAAAAACUACAUUUGGAAUACUGUAAUUAAAACUGAUAACUUGUGUUGCAAUUUUAAGGAAACCCUACACUAACACAUUUUAGCCUUAUUUUCCUAAUUGUAUGAAAAACCUACUGCAAUUUGAAUGUAAAUAAACUUAUAUGGUCUUAUUUUACAGUAUGCCAUUUGAUUUAAAAUGUGCCUUUUACAUUUGAAAAAGAUGAUUAAAAACAUUUAUAGAUUUAAAUCUCUAAAUUUGCUUGAUGCAGACAGGCAUGGAUAAUUAAGGACAGAUAUUGAAUAAUCCACACAAUUCUAUGUAGCAUCUGAAGGUAAAGUGAACUGGUCCUUCUGGAUACUCCUUGAUCAUCGUUAUAUCUUGUAGUAUGUUUUGAUGUUGCCACUUCUGAGUUCAAAUGUAGACUUGUUUGCUGCCUUGUGUCACUCACUGCAUUUUUAUAAUAAAAUAUUUUAUAACAUUGAAA